AUGUUUGAGAAACCAGGUAGGGGUAAGAGGGAGAAUAUUUGGCUUAUAAAAGAGAGAGAGAGGAAUGGUACGGUACAUUCCAAUUGGUUUAGUAAACUAGUCAACAUGUACAAGGGAGUGUUAGUUCUGUGUCUGGUAGGAGCAGCCUUCGCCCAGUACGGUCACCAUGAGCACUACGACCAUCAUGAAAAGAAGCACGAAGAGCACAUCGUAGACUAUUAUGCCCACCCAAAGUACAAAUUCGACUACGGAGUACACGACUCCCACACCCACGACGUGAAGAAGCAGGAAGAGACCAGGGAAGGAGACGUGGUCAAGGGCUACUACUCCCUCUACGAACCCGAUGGUACCGAGAGGAUCGUCCACUACACCGCAGACAAGAAGAACGGUUUCAACGCAGUCGUAGAGAGGAAAGGACACGCUGUCCACCCACAUGUCAAGGGUUCGACUGAGACCUUUUUCAAGCAUCACCACGAACACCAUGGAACCUCUGAGAGUUCUGGAGCAGCAGUGGCCCAGUACGGACACCAUGAGCACCACGAAAAGAAGCACGAAGAACAUGUUGUCGAUUAUUACGCUCACCCGAAAUACAAGUUCGACUACGGUGUACACGACUCCCACACCCACGACGUGAAGAAGCAGGAAGAGACCAGGGAAGGAGACGUGGUCAAGGGCUACUACUCCCUCUACGAACCCGAUGGUACCGAGAGGAUCGUACACUACACCGCAGACAAGAAGAAUGGAUUCAACGCCGUCGUAGAGAGGAAAGGACACGCUGUACAUCCUCAUGUAAAAGGAUCGACUGAGACCUUCUUCAAGCACCACCACGAACAUCACGAUCAUCACUACUAA